AUGACUGAACCACUCAAAAAACGACGUACUGUAGCCCGCGGCGCUUUUACUCGAGCUUUCAAUACCUUUAUGGAGACGGUUUGUACGGAAACCACUUUGGACGUUAAGCAAAGCGCGUUUCAAUUACUAGAAAUACGGCUGAAAGAAUUAGAUAUCAGUCAAGAACAUUAUAACAAAAAGUUGUUUCAGAGUGACAUGUCGGAAGAUGAAAUUAGUGCUGAAUUGGAAUCAGAUGAUACGUACCAUAAACAAUUUAUCGACGCGAAUAUCGCAAUGAAUAAAUUUCUUGCAUCUGCAACACAAUCUCCUGAAAUCGUUCCGUCAUUUACACAGAAAGCGUUAUCGAAAUUACAGAUACCGAAGUUCGAGGGAUCGGUAAAGGAAUGGCUUCCUUUUUGGAGUCAAUUCAAAAAGUAUCACGAAGAUCCGACUUUAAGCAAUGAAGUGAAGUUUCAAUACUUGUUACAGGCUACAGUCGAAAAAUCUAGCGCCAAGAAUAUAGUAACCAGUUUUCCUCCCACGGGAGAUAAUUAUGAAAAAGCGAUAGAAAGUUUGAAGAACCGUUUCGGACGAGAUGACCUCGUGAAACAGUUUUAUGUACGAGAGUUAUUAGCCCUUGUACUUCAGAAUGCGUCUGACACAAGGAAACCGAAACUGUCAGAUUUAUAUGACAAAUUGGGAUCGCAUUUACGGGCACUCAAUUCAUUGGGUGUAAUGAAAAAGGACUACGCUACGUUAUUGUAUCCUUUGGUUGAAUCUUGUCUUCCUGAAGAGGUCCUACGAGCAUGGAAGCAGUUCAGUAGGAAAGACGGUUUAACAACUGAAUCGCAUGACCAGCUGACCCAAUUGAUGACGUUCCUGGAACUAGAAGUGUGCGAUCAGGAGACUAUUAAGAUGGCAAUGACAGGCUUCAACAUUACAGCGAACCAAGAAGGAAGGAAGCAGUUGCGAGGGAAGCAAACCUAUGAAGUUCAAGGUGAUGUUGCGACUGCAAACGCUCUGUUUGUUUCGAAAUCCAAUUUGUCGUGCAUAUUUUGUAAUGGCGAACACGAAAAUAACAAAUGUACUGUUGCUCGCAAACUAAACUUUGAUGAGCGGAAAAACAUAGUGAAGCGAGAGAAAUGUUGUUUUCGCUGUUUAAAGCAUGGCCAUAAUUCGAAAUCAUGCCGUGUAAAGUUAAGCUGUAGUUGGUGUUCAGGCCGACACACACUUCUUUUGUGCGAACUGGUAAAUAAACACGAGAAAAGUGCAUAUGUUUCAGAUGGAGAAAGCGAUACCAAUACUCGUCGACCACAAAAAACCGCGAAGGAGAAUAAUUUGACAACACUUUCGGGAUGCCCAGAAGUUUGUUUACCAACUGCAAGAGUUGUUUUGUACUCCGACACCAGAGAACAAGUAAUACGUGUACUUUUCGACGCCGGUUCUCAACGCUCGUAUGUACUUUCGUCUGUAGCUGAAGAAUUAGGCUACGAAUCCCACGGCAAACAAGAAGUCAUUCAUUCCCUUUUCGGUGGUCAACGGUCGAAGGUAGGAAGCCACGAUCUGAUUUUAAUUAGGUUGCGUGAUUUAAAUAACCGUUUUGCUUGCAAAUUUAUUGCAUUAGGUCAAGAUAUAAUUUGUGAAUCAAUUCCGCAAUUAAAGUGUAAACCCCUGUUAAAGAAAUUAGAUAAUAAGGACAUACAUCUCAGCGAUAUUGACGGUGAUUCAACUCCCAUUGAAGUUCUUAUUGGGGCAGAUGUAAUAGGGAAACUGUUCACAGGGAAGAUAUGCGAAUUAAGCAAUGGGUUAACUUCUUUUAAAACUAAGCUUGGGUGGACCGUAACGGGAAAAUUACCGUCAACAUCGCAACUUUCAGAUUCGGCGAUACUUUUAAAUGCAAUGUUUAUUGAAACUGCUACGCCAACUGACUUAUGGCAAUUAGAUCUACUUGGUAUUACAGAUCCGAUUGAAACAGUAGAAAGGUCAGAAAUAGACAUGAAGGCACGUAAGUAUGUUUUAGAAACAGCUAAUUUUAAUUCGGAUGGUCGAUACGAGGUUAGAUUACCUUGGGUGGAUAAUCACCAACCAUUACCUACGAAUUUCGAAAUUGCGUGGAAGCGGUUAUUAUCUAACGUUAAAAAACUGAAAGGCCAAAAUAUUUUUCUUGAAUAUGAUGAAAUUUUGGACAAUUGGUUAAGCGAAAAUAUUAUUGAAAAGGUUCCCUUUUCCAAAGGUGAUUUGCAUUGUCAUUAUCUACCGCAUCGCGCAGUACUGAAACCAGGUAGUACGACUCCGAUUAGACCGGUAUUUGACGCGUCGGCAAGCACUCCAGGAAAACCGUCGUUAAAUAAUUGUUUAGAAAAGGGACCCAAUAUGAUAGCGCUCAUUCCGAAUAUUAUUAAUAGAUUUCGGGAAGGGAAAAUCGGGAUUAUAGCGGACAUCAAACGAGCAUUUUUGCAGAUAGAUGUUGCUAACGAAGAUCGAGAUUUUUUGCGAUUUUUGUGGUUUAAAAACGAGGAGCUUGUCACUUAUAGGCAUAGACGUGUAGUAUUUGGUUUGUCGUGCAGUCCUUUUUUGUUGGCGGCAAUUAUCGAACUACAUUUAAAUAAUUGUUCAAAUGAUCAAAAUAUGACACGUAAUCACAACUUUCAAAAAAUAUGGUCUGCCGACAUAAGUAAAAAACUUAAAGAAUCAUUUUACGUUGAUAACUGUAUUACAAGCGUUAACACAGUUGAUGAAUUACAUGAGUUCAUCAAAACUGCAAGUGAAAUAUUUGUCAUGGGAGGUUUCAAUCUUAGAGGUUGGGAGUACACGCUCGAUACGACUAGCGAUAACGUUACCAAUAUUUUAGGGCUCAGGUGGGAUAAACGGAAAGAUGUUAUUAUGAUUAAUCCUGAUGCUCUUGGACCGGGUUGUACUAAUAAUAUAACGAAACGAACAAUAUUAUCCACAACUCAUAAAAUUUUUGAUCCCAUAGGUGUAACAUGUCCCGUGUCUUUGCAGCCAAAACUUUUAUUAAAAAGGUUAUGGAAAGAAAAAACUGAUUGGGACGUAGAAGUAAUGGGGACCGAGAGAGACGUGUUUUGUCAGUGGGUACGAGAACUGCCACUGAUGAAACAAAUAGAAAUACCUCGUGAAAUAGGGCCAGGAAGGUUAAGUUUACACGUUUUCGGAGACGCUAGUGGGCAAGCAUAUGCUGCCGUAAUUUUUGCCCGAACCGAGCAUAAUGGGAAUGUCAAAGUCACUUUAUUAAGUGCAAAGUCACUCCGGAAAAAUCAACGAUUCCUCGUCUUGAAUUAA